AUGCUCCUCCUAGUUCAUGCCCAAGAUGAUCAAACAGGCUUUAUUAGCAUAGACUGUGGCCUUGCAGAAAAUACCAGCUAUACAGAAAAGAUGACAGGAAUUAACUACAUUUCAGACGAAACCUUCAUAAGCACCGGUGAAAAUAACGUCGUAUUGCAAGAGUACAGAAAUAAGUACCAAGAGCCCUACAUGUCUCUUAGGAGUUUCCCUGCAGGGAUCAGGAACUGCUACAAAAUCAAUGUCACAAAUGGCACCAAAUAUUUGAUCAGAUCAAGUUUCAAAUAUGGGAACUAUGAUAGGCAGAAUAUAUUGCCAGAAUUCGACUUGCAACUUGUAACUAAUGUUUGGGAUUUGGUGAAGUUGGAGGAUGCAUCAACCAUUACAAACAAGGAGCUCAUACAUGUCCCUCUAAGAGACUAUAUACAUGUUUGUCUAGUGAACACCGGCUUGGGGAUUCCAUUUAUAUCAGCACUAGAACUGAGGCCUUUACCUAAUACAUCUUAUCCAACACAAACUGGGUCGUUGGCACUUCAAUGGCGGCUUGACACCGGUCAAAUAGCAGCUAAUUUGACAGAAUACAGGUAUCCAGAUGAUGUUCAUGAUCGCUUCUGGUAUGGCUACUAUGACGACAAUUGGAAACAAGUAAUUACCUCGUCCAUGAUCGACUCUGAUGUUCACGAUAGUUUCCAGCCCCCAUCUGUUGUCAUGAGCACAGCUGCCACACCAAAGAAUGGAACUGACGCCUUGUACAUUUCCUGGAUGGAUUUUGAUAACAGUGCAGAAUAUUUUGUUUACAUGCACUUUGCAGAAUUUGAAAAGCUCCAACCCAACCAGUCUAGGCAGUUCAACAUUACUAUGAAUGGAGAGUCCCUUCAUGAGAAAGUUGUUCCUUAUUACUUGUCCUCCUCCACUAUUUACAGCACUAGAGCUUUGAGUACUGGAGGACAAUAUAAUCUUUCAAUCUUUAAGGCUAAGAACUCUACCCUUCCACCAAUCCUUAAUGCCAUCGAGGUGUACACCGUAAAAGAAUUCUUAGAAUCAAGAACAAACCGAGCAGAUGUUGAUGCAAUCACUAGCAUCAAGUCAACUUACAAAAUUAAGAAGAACUGGCAAGGAGAUCCAUGCUCCCCUCUGGUUAACUCAUGGGAAGGUAUAGACUGUAGCAAUGAGCACAGUAGAAUAGUAUCCUUGAACUUGUCCUCCAGCGGAUUAACAGGGGAGAUAGCUCCUUAUAUAUCCAAUCUCACCAUGAUACACAUUUUAGAUUUAUCAAACAACAACUUAACUGGAUCAAUCCCAGACUUUUUGUCUCGACUGCGAAAAUUAAUGGACCUCAACUUGGAGAAAAACAAACUCACAGGUUUAGUUCCCGUAGGACUCAUUCAGAAGAGGAAGGAUGGUUUGCUAUCCCUACGUUUGUGUGAAAAUCCAAAUCUAUCCAGACAAGUUUCGUGCAAAAAGAAGAAGCAGAGUAUCAGUAUUGUCUUGGCAGUGUCAAUCCCUGGAAUUUUCAUCCUCUUAUCAACUGUAUCAGCUGUUUUAUGGGUGGGUUUUAAAAGGAAAAAACAACAUGCCCAUUGUGAUGAUCCUUUUGGUGUAGAGGUGAUGCAGAAUUCCAACCAAAACAGUUCAUUGGAGGCAGAGGGCCAACGCUUUACAUACCCAGAGAUUGUGGAGAUUACCAGUAAUUUUAAAUCAAUAAUUGGAAGAGGCGGAUUCGGAGAAGUCUACUUUGGCACUCUGCAAAAUCAGACUCAAGUUGCUGUCAAGUUACUGAUUUCAUCGUCAACACAGGGCUCAAAAGAAUUUGAAAAUGAGGUUAAACUGUUGGUGAGAGCUCAUCAUAGAAACUUGGUGUCUCUGGUUGGGUACUGUGAUGAAGGGGAGACUAUGGCACUUGUUUAUAAUUUCGUUGCUAAUGGAAAUUUGCAACAGCAUUUAACUUUACACGUUUUGACUUGGAAGGAGAGACUUCAAAUUGCAGUUGAUGCAGCACGAGGACUGGAUUAUCUACACAAUGGCUGCAAGCCAUCAAUAGUACAUAGAGAUCUAAAGACUUCAAAUAUCUUGCUAAAUGAAAAUCUUCACGCCAUGAUAGCCGAUUUCGGUCUUUCUAAAGUUCUUGCAACUGAAAGUGCCACUCAUGUAUCAACUGACCCUAAAGGAACAUUUGGGUACCUUGAUCCUCAAUAUUACAACACAGGAAAGCUGAACAAAAAGAGUGAUAUAUACAGCUUUGGGAUUGUGUUGCUAGAGAUAAUAACUGGUAGAGCAGCAAUAAUAAGAGAUGUAGAAACUGAACCUAUUCACAUAUGUCGAUGGGUGAGUCCAAAUUUUGAGACUAUGGAAAUUGAAAGUAUCGUGGAUUCAAGAAUACAAGGGACCUACAACACCUCUUCUGCUUGGAAAGCUCUACAACUUGCCAUGGCAUGUGUGUCUUUAAAAGCAAUCCGAAGGCCUGAUAUAACUUUUAUCUAUAAGGACUUGAAGGAAUGUUUGGAAAUUGAGAUGUCCUCUGGAAGAACACAAAUUGUAGGGAACGAUGAUACAAGUUCAAGCAGCUCAAUUAGAAUGGCCUCCCAAAUUGAGUCAGAAACAAGUACAAGCAGCCCAGUUAUUAUCUCUAUAUAG